AACCAGUAUAAGUCUGAGGACACUUCUAACGGGUGGAGGAGGAGAAGUGGAGGCGGAGAUGGCAGCGCUCCUGUAGCGUGUUCUCUCCUGAACAGCAGUUUUCUAUUGUUGUGUUUGGGUGAGGAGACGCGGACGGUGAGAGCGGGAGCUGAAUGCUGAGCCCCCCGGAGUGGAGAGCCGGAGAGCGGGGGAAGACAGGGCAGAGAGAGGCGGCGGCGGCGGUGUGUGUGAGAGAGGGAGAGACACGACACCACCGGGGCGCUGGUUUCACUGGUUUCACCGCGGCUCCUCUUUCUUCCAGAGGCUGGACUGGUCAGGAGAAAAGCAGAGACGGACAGGGCUGAGGGAGCGGGGUUAUCUGGAGGGAACUCCGAGGAGGGAGAGCUCGCCAUGAAGAAGAACAAUUCAACAAAGCGGGGCUUGCAGGACUCCAGCCAGCACCCUGCACAACCAGAAAAAAUCGGCUGGAUUCGGAAGUACUGUGGCAAAGGACUGUUCAGGGAAAUAUGGAAGAACCGAUUUGUCGUGCUAAAAGGAGAGAAACUCUACAUCUCCGAAAAAGAGGUGAAGGAUGAGAAAAAAAUCCAUGAGGUGGUGGACCUUACAGACUACGAGAGAUCUGAGGAACUGCGCAAGGCCAAGAGUCGCACCAAGAAAAACCACAGCAAGUUCACGCUCUUGUGCUCUCGCCAGCCUGGCAACACAGUUCCUAACCUGGUCUUCCUGGCUGUCAGUCCAGAAGAGAAAGAGUCAUGGAUCAAUGCCUUAAACAUAGCCAUCACCAGAGCCAAGAACCGCAUCCUGGAUGAGGUUACGGUAGAAGAGGACAGUUGCCUGGCCCAUCCCACACGUGACAGAGCGAAGAUUCCACACACGAGACGACUGCCCACUCGUGGACACCUUAUGGCUGUGGCCUCAACAUCGUCGUCAGAUGGUAUGCUGACCCUAGACCUUAUUCAGGAGGAAGAUGUGCCGGCAUCUAGUGGCAAGGACACCACUGACAAGAAGUUCCAUCUCACUGCAAACUCAGGUGUGGACAGCUGCAAACUGUCACCUGGCACUGAGUCCAAUGUCAAAUCUCAGAGCCUACCACGCAAGAGCGAGAGCGCCUGGGACUGGUCUGGCUCAGAAAGCCAAAACCGAACACCCAAGACUGGAAAAAAGCUCAACGGGUCCGAGAAGAACCGCUGCGCCUCCAUGGACGAGAUCCUGUCUCACUCAGACACACGGGCCACAAAGAGUCCUAUUCCCCACUGCUCCAUGUCUGCACCUGCCCAGUCCAUUGGCAACCUGCAGGAUCUUAUCUCCAAGAAGCUGGAGAGAACACAGGAACUGCUGACUGAAGUGCGGAGUACUGGGCAGAGCAAAGGGAAAGACCAUAGCAACAGCAAGGCGGAGGUGGAGCGGCUGCUGGAGGAAGCAGCGUCUACCUGGGGUCAGGCCCGGGAUGUCCUGGAGGAGGUGAAGGAGCUUAGAGUGCUUUGCAGGCAGCUGGACUCAGCCUCAUCUGCCCCACUGAGCUCCUCUACCAGUGGAAAACUGAAGAACUUGCAGCAAAAUAAUUACAGGAAAAGCAUGAUGUGACGAUGCUCCUAAAAAAACAAAUCAAAGAAGGGCUGCGCAAUUAUAGAAUGACAAGAAAUGAUAAUUGCGAUUCUUUUGACUGAUAUUCAUUUUUGAUUUGGACUCCCAUCGACUCAACACAGGCCCAAUUUGAAUCUGUCAAAAAGAUAAUAUCAUCCGAACUGCAACGUAAAAUAUUGAGAAUCAUUAUUUGAUGACUUCCUCCGUCUUAAUCUCACAAAGAACAUAACAACAAGAGCUCUGCACUCCUAGCAUACACAACUUCCUCAGUGCUUUUCCUAACCUGUUAUGUUUGGUUACGUGAUGCAGCAAAUAUACAUUUUUCACUCCAAACUCUUUUCACUCCAGUGGACCAAAGUGUCCCACUGUGUGUACAGAUCUUCCGCAUUUCCUCAGUGGACUCUGUUGACUGAAUUGUGACCGCUGGACAUUGUGACAUUGAUUGAUGUGAAUUACACAUGCAAAUAUGUUUGAAUCGUAAAAGCAGGUUUUGGGCCAGAUUUCCUACAGCUUCUAGCAUGUAUAGAGGUUCCAUUGCUGUCACACAAAAACCUCUCCAUCAUAGCAACUUUAGCAAUCAUUGCUUUCAAUGAAAUAGAUGAUUUACUGUAUAUUGCGCACUAUAAGGUGCACUUUUAAUAAACGUCUAUUUUCUUGGCUAUUUUCAUACAUUAGGUGCAUUUUGAGAGACAAUAGUAAAGAACAAGAGUGUAGCCAUGAUUUCCUUCUAAUGGGAAAGCUUGGGUAAGCGCCUAAGUAAAUAAAACUGUAAUAAAAAAAAAAUAAAAAUACUAAUCUUUUAAAGUUAAAAGAGCACUGGAUUGUAAUCUACACUGAUUUAUCUCCUAAAAACGUUAGUAAAGCGCUUCCAUUUCUUUACAGUAAGCUUAGAUUUCCAAUAUUUUGGAAAUCAGCGCUAGCCCAGUAAGCAUCAGAGCUAGCCGCGCUUAGCAGUGCUUAGCGCUAGUAAAUGCAGCCCGACAAAGCUACACUGAGAAACCCUGAGUGUUCCGGUAUGCCAGGUUGAUGUUAGCUAGCGGUUCGUCCCACGUAGCUUUAACACAGUAAACAUGCAGACUACAUCCCGAUAUACUCACCUCUAAACGGCAAAAGAGCUAGCGUUGCCGUUAGCGGCUAAUGCUAAUACUGCUUCAGCCUGGAGAAACUUCACUGUGACUCCAAUAUAAGGCUGUACUUAAGUGUAGUGGCUUUACUGCUCCUUACAAUUAAAAUUCAUACAUAAGUUGCACCUGAUUAUGAGGCAAACUGACAAUUUUUGGGAUUUUAAUGCGAAAAAUGCAGUUUCUUAAUUUUGAGUAUAGUAAUUUGUCUAUUCAUCAUGAAAUCUGGAUACAAUGCAGUGUUACUGCUACAUUUGUUUUCAUUCAGCUGAUGAAUUGCCGCUAUUGCUUCAGAAUGUCUUCCAAUCCAGGGCUUUUAAUUUGAAAUGUCAGAAACAGGAAGUGGAGAUGUACACAGGGGCUUCAUGACUCUGUUCUGAUUCCUCAAUGCCCCAAAAUGCAUCACUCAGCAUGUUGACAGCACUAUAUUAAAUUAAAAUGAUUAUCAAUCCACAGAAAAGUGAACACACAGCUUGGUAAAUGAACAAAUGCUAAUGCUAAGUUAGCCCAGCUAGCAUAACUGUCCUGGCCCUUUCAGUAAAAUAAGUUUUCCUUAAAUGCCAGACAUGAUGAAUUAUGCUCAAUGCUUUAUUUCAUAUUUCAUAUCCAUAAAACAUUAAUUAUAUGGAGGACGGUCCUAUAUGAAACAAUGCAGUGUUUAAAAAAAAGUAAAUUAUGAGUAAAAAAUAUUAUGAGAGCAAAAAUAGAGAUGAAGGUUUUUGUGUGACUGCAAUGACAUGUAACUUGUGUGAAAGUGAUAAUUGCCAUAACUCAGAUGUUGGUUACUUUAAUUGCUAAACAUGUUAGCUACUUGCUUUAGUAAAUCCAGGCCCUAGUUUGUCUCUGUCAGUUCAGGGGCAGAGAUUUAUCGUUAGUCAAACAGAUAUGUACUGCUGGACACUGCUGUUUUUCUAUAUUAGCCUUCAUUUUACUCUUAUUUACUAUUUUACAGUAAUAGACCAGGGUAUUUACUGGAGUGCUUACUCUAACUCUGAGUGCUUCAGGAAGAUAAGACAUAAGAGCAGGGCCGUCCAUACAGUGGGCAUUCUCAUAGCGAGAAACCACUGUCAUCAGCAACCUCAACAAUCUCAAUGUGAAUGUUUUCCUUUUCUACUUCAGAAUACACUGGAACAGCUCUGGUCCAGCAAGGCCGCACAUCCCCAGGGCUCUUCAGAGCCGUUUCUGCUGCUUCUCUCCUUCCUGUUCUACCCUCAACAGUGCUCAAGCACACACACACACAUGCUGUAUUAUACAUACAUACAUACAUACAUAUAUAUAUAUAGGCCUACUAACAAAGAUUGAAAGAUCAAUGUCAUUUUUUCACAAUGACAGAAGAUGUCAUUGGAUGUCAAAAUGGAUGAAUGCUGUUGAUUGAUUGAUGUCAUUGUAUGUUCUCCACAAACUUUCUCCAUAUGCAGGUGGACUCAAAACAAAAAAAACAAACAAAAAAGAGCCAUGUGUUGUUAUACCGUACUGAAUGCUGAUGAAAUCUGGUGCCAGUGUUGCUACAUGUUUAAAAGGAGGAAGAGACACAGAGCUGCCAUUCGAGCUGAGACUUCCUGCAGUAAAGGAGGCUAGAGAUGUCUAGCAUAGAAGAAGCUGAUGAUUAUCUCAAAUUUGCACUAUACAACGCUGUAAAACGAGAACGACACUGGCAAGCUGUCUUUUAAAACCUAAGGACUAAACAGACAAUCUACCGAUAGCAAGGAAAAGAGAGCCUACGUGGCCCUUCUUAACAUAUUGGUAUGCUUUGAACUCGUAAACUGCCUUAGUGAACCUGCAAAGGACACAUGCAAUCUGCAUACCAGUCUCAAAGACACUGCUUCUGUUUUCCAUUAUUAAAAUUUUUCACCUCCCAAGUUGCCUGCACCCAAAGUCGAGGUGAGCGGAGUCGUGGCACUGAGGCCUUCAAGUCCAAGCCCAAUUCGCUUGUGUACAUCUCUGCGGAAUUUUGUCUUUAGAGAACUAUGCAACGUUGCAUAUGGACCUGAAAUAAUAAUAAACAGGCUGCCGGUGUACAAAGUGGCAUUGUAACAGACCAAAGGGUAUGUGUUGCCAGGAUCUAAUGUCUUGUUUUACAGUUAGUAGCUAAAUAACAUGUUUGCACAAAAUCUGUGGGUACGAAUUUAAACUGUUCUGUCAUUCAGACUUGAUUACAAGCAGUGUUAAUUUCUUUUUGUGUACAUUUUAAUGUAACGUGCUUUUGUAGCGUGACUAAAAUCUUCUAGUUUUUUGUUGUUGUUGUUUUUGCUUUUACUUUGACUGACCUUUACAGCGCUCAUCUGGAGAAACAACUGUUUUGACCCUGUUUACUACUGGUCCCUUCAUGCAAAUAGCAUCUGGAUUGUAUUUUGACAGAUUUUCGUCACAUGAUUUAAAUCUGAUCAUUUUUUUUGGACGAGAUAUGCAAAUUUGCUUGUCGCACGACCAUUAUUACUGGUGUUUUCUUCGGUUCCAUUUUGUGCAUAUUUAAACUUGUCUUCUUGUGUGGCUUGGCCUUAUCCAGAUAUAAUCCUGAUCAGGUAACCAGGUGUAAACAGGGUCAUAGAGUCUUGUGGAAAACCUUGUUAGCUUGUUAACCUUGUUAAAAAGCACAAUACAUUCUUAAUGGCAGGAAGUGCUGACACACCUACUUCAUACACGCACUCAAAACAUUGCUAGUCCUAUCCAGUUACUGCAAAGAUGCCAGAAGUCACUAUAACAGGCAUAUGUUAAUUUGUAUCACACAUAAAAACUAAUAAAAAUUUGGCUACUGGUCUAGAUUUAGAAACAAGGAAUGAAUUGCUCAGAAUAUCCCGUCUAUCCAGAAGCAAAUGAGGUUACAGGAACAGGGUAUGAAAAUUAAAAGGAUCCUUUACUGUAUCAAAGUUUUACUGAAUAACAAUAGCUUAUGUGAUUUAAACUACUCCUUUAAGCCAUAUAAUAUUACAUUGUUGUGGUCAGUUGUUUACAUACACUUAAUUACAUCUUAAAUAUGAAUUCCAUGUCAAUAUCUGCCUUUAAGUGAUUUCCUUAAAAUGUUCUUUUUCUGUGGCAGAAUGAGUAAAGAACAUACAUAUUUAAUUGAACCUCACCAGGUUUCACCCAAACCAGAUGCACCAACAUACUUGUGGUACAAUGCUGGUUAAAUAGUUGAUCACUCUUUGCUAAGGCCAUACCCAAUGAAUACCAUAACUAACCAAGAUUGUGUUUGGGGUGAGUGGCCAUUUAGCCAAUGAUUUUACAUUAUACUCAAUAUUUCUAAACUAGUCCUUGUUCUUUAUUAUUCCAUCCACAUUGUGCAUUAUACCAGUUCGACUGGCAGCAAAACCGCUACAGAACAUAAUGCUACCAAUACCAUGCUUAAACAUUUAUUUUCUGUUAUUAAUUAUAAACUCCUUACCUUUACUCCUCAAAAUUUAAGUGAUUCAGAAGUUUCAUUGUCAUGUGCACAGUAAUUAGGCAGUACUUACACUGUACAAUGAAAUACAAAACAUACCUACAGUCAUUGUGGUCAUUCCAGAGCAUGAUCGUCUAUCAUUUUGUGAAUGAUAGUCUAUUUAUUCAUUAUGAUGGUCUCCCUAGAGAACAGAUCUUAAGUUGUUCCUGACAAUCCAAACCGAUUUCCCUCUCAGCUUAGGGUGACAGAUUGCAUCUUCUUCCAGACCUUAGAGAAAUCGCCAUACCUGCCAUUAACAUGUGCUUACCUUCAGUCGUUUAAUCUGAUGAUCUUGGAAUCUGUAGCUGUUUAAAAAAAGGAAACCAUGAGGCAUUUCUCACUUCUGUAAAUCUGUACAGUAAAAUACUGUACAGUAAAAUACUGAGUAAAAUAAACAUUGUUGUUUUAUUCUAUAAACUACAGACAACAUUUCUCCCAAAUUCCAAAUAAAAAUAUUGUCAUUUAGAGCAUUUAUUUGCAGUAACCUAGAAACGGCUGAAAUAACAAAAAAGAUGCAGAACUUUCAGACCUCAAAUAAUGCAAAGAAAACAAAUUCCUAUUCAUAAAGUUUUAAAGAGUUCAGAAAUCAAUAUUUGGUGGAAUAACCCUGGUUUUAAUCACAGUUUUCAUGCACCUUGGCAUGUUCUCCUCCACCAGUCUUACACACUGCUUUUGGAUAACUUUAUGCCACUCCUGGUGCAAAAAUUGGUGCAAGCAGGUCAGCUUAGUUUGAUGGCUUGUGAUCAUCCAAUUCCAUCCACUUAGUGCAAUUAAUCAGUUCUACUGGCAGUAAAACAGCCACAGAACAUGAUGCUACCACUACCAUGCUUAAAAGUUAAUACACUGUUAUUUGAGCAAUCAAAGCAAUCAAAAUAACUUUAAGCAAGAAAUUGAAUGUAUAUUUUUUCCAAUAUUCUGCCCGUAUCAAAAACAGUUAAAAGAAA